UUCUUAAAGUACAGAAAUCUCGUAGGAAAUCAAAGCAAGUCAUGAUCAUACUUGGAUCCAGUCUCGGUGCUUUAUUUGGUGUAUUUUUUGUGGUUGCCUUUUGCUUUUUCCUUUUUAGAAAUAAAGGAGAAUCCGAGGAACUUGAUAAGUUCUAUAUUGAUCAACUACCAGGGAUGCCUACCGGAUUCUCUUAUGAAGAAUUGAAAGUCAUGACAACCAAUUUCGAUAACAAGCUUGGCGAAGGAGGAUUUGGGUCAGUGUUUCAAGGGACACUAAGUGAUGGCACCAAUGUAGCAGUGAAGCGUCUCAAUGGUUUUGGUCAGGUUAAGAAGUCAUUCUUAACUGAAGUUGAGACAAUAGGCAGCACUCACCAUGUCAAUUUGGUGAGAUUAAUUCGAUUUUGUGCUGAAAAAUCAUAUCGUCUUCUAGUUUAUGAGUACAUGUCUGAUGGAUCCUUGGAUACAUGGAUCUUCCAAAGGCACCAAGACCUCACACUUGGGUGGCAAUCCAGAAAAAAGAUCAUCAUGGAUAUAGCCAAGGGGCUAACCUAUCUCCAUGAGGAAUGCAGACAGAAAAUAUUUCACUUGGAUAUCAAACCCCAAAACAUUCUCUUAGACGAAUGUUUCAAUGUGAAAAUUUCUGAUUUUGGAUUGUCAAAACUAAUUGAUAAGGACCAAAGCCAAGUUGUAACAAUGAUGAGGGGAACACCAGGCUAUUUGGCUCCCGAAUGGUUGAGCUCAAUUAUCACUAAGAAAGUAGAUGUCUAUAGCUUUGGUGUCGUGGUCUUAGAAAUGUUGUGUGGGUGAAAAAAUUUGGGUCGAUCUCAGCCUAAAGAAGAUAUGCAUUUACUAGGUCUCACUUCAAGAAAAGUGAGAUGUAACGGCGUUUAUUUGACGGCGUUUAAAAAAACGCCUUUGAUUCUAAUAUUUUACGGCGUUUUUUUAAACGUCACAUUCUUAUUGACUGAUACGACACCGUUUUAACUUUCGAAACGCCUUCAAAAUGUUUUUCCGCUUUUUUUUUUUUUUUU